ACUAUAGAGUCACUGCAUAUAGUUCUUUAUUAUGGCAGAAAUCGACCAUAUAGCUUGUGUUGGUUUCUGUUUCAUUUGUGAAAUUUGUAAUUAAAUAUGGUUGCUACAAUUAAAUUAGGACCUCAGGAUUUACCACCCGAGGGAGGAUAUUCACCUAUUCAAACUGAAAGAAUUAAACUACGUAGAGUUAUUGGAGGUCGUCUUGGUAUUGCACUCUUCUAUACUGUUUCUAUUGGUGCAUCUUAUUUAUAUUAUUUAAAUCUUAGAGAUGUUAGAAGAAGUGAAAUUGAAAUGAGAAGUUCAAGAUUGGCAAUUUAUCCCUUAUUAGAAGCAGAAAGGGAUAGAGCGUUGCUGAAGCAUAUGCGACGUUUAAGGGAUGAAGAAGCUGACUUGAUGAAAAAUUAUCCAAACUGGGAAGUAGGAACAUUUUUUGGAGAACCAGUGUUCUAUAAAGAUAGACCAGAAUGUUUUGAACCGAGAUUUUUUGAUACUGUUGUAUUUUCAAAUCCUAAGGAUUAUUCAAAACGUGCAUACCGUCAUUGGUAUACAUAAACAAUUUUUUAUGCAACCAUUGUACAGUAGUAUAUUAAAUAAUAGAGGAAUAUAAGUAAACAUUA